CGGCUCGGCUCCCGCUUCAUCCCCUGGCUUCUUGGCCUUCUUCCUUGCCCCCGCGCCCUCCCCCCUCCCUCUCCCUCCUGGCCUUUCUUUUCUUCAUCCCUUCCACUUUUGUUCGAAUUCAUGGCGGAAGAGCAGAAGCUAGGGUUUGGGUAAGUGUUUGGUUUUGUUCUCUUCGUGAAGUUCUCUUUGGGAUUGUUGCAAGUCGCUAGUUCUGUGGAUAGUUUUUCUUUUUGUCCUCGACGAACGGGCGGCGAUUUGGUAUAUUUUAGGGCUUGGUGAAGGAUUUCGUGGCGGGAAUCUGCAGGUGACUUAUAAUUCAACCUUCAUGGAGAAUGAUGAAGCUGGGACUCCUCCAAAGUUUGACAAAGAACUUUCGUCUAUGCAGGAGAAACCAGCCAUUCGUCUUUAUCCUGAUUGGAUGGCUAUGCAGGCAUAUUAUGGCCCUGCAGUGGCCAUGCCACAACCAUUUUUCAGCACUUCAGUCGCACCUGGUCAUGCACGUCAUCCAUAUUUGUGGGGGCCUCAGCCUUUUAUACCACCUUCUUUUGGGAUGCCAUAUGCUGCAAUCUAUCCACCUGCAGGGGUUUACUCUCAUCCUCUUAUGCCCCUUGGAUCUCAAAUGCAAUGUCAAGGAAUUACACCAUCGCCCACUAUUGGUGAAACAGUAGUGAUGGCGACUCCUUUAAGCACAGAGAUGCCUGCUAAGUUGCCAAGUAAUAAGGAUAAAGGCCUAAUGAAAAAGCUUAAAAGGUUUGAUGGGCUUGCAGUGUCAAUGGGCAACGGUGAUGCUGAAAAUAGAGGAGGUGAUAUGAAUGGUUUAUCACAAAGCGAAGAUGAUAGUGUGGAAGGUUCAAGUGAUGGAAGUGAUGGAAAUAAUGCAGGGGGGAAUAAAACCGGAAGAAAGCAAAGCUCUGAAGAUAUACGAGCCACAGGCAAUGGUAAGGUUGACACACAGGCCAAUGCUGCUCAUGGUGUGGAAACAAAUGCACCCUCAAAAAUGUCUCUAGGGGUUACUGUUGCACCUGCAAAUAUCUCAAGAAAGGUAGGCACUGUGCCUUCAUCUAGUCCACCACCAGGAAUGGAAUUCAGUGUUGCUAGUAUCAGAAAAGUUCAAGCUAGGGGGACACCUACAUUACCGGGUUGUAAUGGAGUACCUUCUGAACUCUGGAUGCAGGAUGAGAGGGAACUCAAACGUGAAAGGAGGAAGCAAUCCAAUAGGGAGUCUGCUAGAAGGUCAAGGUUGAGGAAACAGGCUGAGACCGAAGAACUUGCUAUGAAAGUUGACAUCCUGGGUGCUGAGAACAUGGCCUUGAGAUCUGAAAUCAGUCGGCUAUCGGAGAAGUCGGACAAACUCAGAUUAGAAAAUUCAACCCUAAUGGAGAAACUGAAGACUGCACAAUCGAGCCAAGCAGAAGAGAUGUCUACUGCUAAAAUGGAGACUGAGGGAGCCCCGUCUGUUGUUGCAGAGAACUUCUUGUCAGUAAUAGAUAACUCAACCUUGGUUCGUGCAAGCAUGAAGCAGCAGGGUGAGGCUUGUGAGACCUCUAGUGGCAAGCUCCACCAGCUUCUUGACUCCAAACCUAGGACAGAUGCUGUGGCUGCAAGCUAGUCCGCGAUUGAUCCCACUAAUCUAUAGUUCUGGUCCAAUUAUUAGCCCAAAGAUAUUCUGAUAUUAACAUUAUGGCAGGCAUCGGGUAAAUUCGGCAGUGAUAAGAAACUGAUCAGCUUGAGAGUAACCUCAAGACUCAGGUAACUUGGGGGCCUGAGGGCUUGCGGCUGGGGAAAGAAAUUAAACAUUUACUUUUAUCUGUAUAAAUUUGUCCUAAAUGUGUAUGAUCCAUGCAACUUGUGUGAGCCAUUCAUGGUAUUGGAAAAUUUUAGAACCGGAUGGUGCUGGGGAUCAUAAUUAAAGAAACAUCUGUAUAUUUUAGGAUAUUUUAAGAGAAGUGUGCUUUUCCUGUCACUGUUCUUUAAUGGUUCGCUGCGCUUGGUAUUACCAGGCAGCCCUCUGUUUAGUUUGUAAUGUUUAAAAUGCUGGAUUUUCCUGAAAACGUAGGUUGUCCUGUCUGGUUCA